UUAUAAAGAAAAGAUAAGGUUGAUAGUGAAAACCCGCACAUAGUGCAUUUGAUUCAUUUCUCUUCUUUCCUUACCAGCCAAAUCCAAUGGCGACGCCUGUGAAAGUGUACGGACCGCCGUUGUCCACCGCCGUGUCCAGAGUCCUGGCCUGUCUUCUCGAGAAGGACGUCCAGUUUGAGCUCUUACCGAUGAACAUGGCGAAAGGAGAACACAAGCGCCCUGAAUAUCUCAAGAUUCAGCCAUUCGGCCAAGUCCCUGCGUUCCAAGACGAAAGCAUCUCUCUCUUCGAAUCCAGAGCAAUCUGCCGCUACAUUUGCGAAAAGCACGCAGAAAAAGGGAAUAAAGGACUGUACGGGCUGGAUCAGUUAGGGAAAGCUUCGAUCGACGGAUGGCUUGAAGCGGAGGGGCAAAAUUUCAAUCCAGCGAGCUCGAUUCUGGUUUUUCAACUGGCUUUUGCGCCGAGGAUGAAGGUGCCGCAGGAUGAGAAGGCGAUUAAGCAGAACGAGGAGAAGCUGUCGAAGGUGCUCGAUGUGUACGAGCAGAGGCUGGGGGAGAGUCGGUUUUUGGCCGGAGAUGAGUUCUCGUUGGCCGAUCUUUCUCAUUUGCCCAACGGUCAUUACCUGGUGAAUGUGACGGACAGGGCGGAGCUUUUCACGUCUAGGAAGAACGUGGAGCGGUGGUGGAAUGAGAUCUCCGGCCGGGAAUCCUGGAAGGAGGUGGUUGAAUUGCAGAACAAGGCAUCUUCGUGAGUUUUGUUUUCCUGUAUUUUGAUCGAGUAAUUGUGCCGUUUGAGGCUCUGAAUCUUGUUGGAAUAAAUGGUAUUUGAAUAAUCCAUGUUCUUCAUUUCUCUAAGUUAAAUGUAGCAAAUAUUUGAAAAAUCGCCCAACUAUUUGAAUAUUACGAUUUAGUCUUUUAAAAUAAA